CAGAAGAUCGAGUUCCAAAUCGAUAUGUAUCACUGAGGUUUUGCUUUUUAUACCUACAAUACUUUCAUUUGUAGUGUAGAUUGCACAUAUUGCUGGAGUGCUAGUUGUACCUAAACAAAGAACCAACCCUGAGUGCAAUCCUUCGAACGGUUAUCUAAAAGCCGACACCAGUGUACCAUUAUUAUCCGAGCGUAAAUCAAAUUAGAAGAAAGCUCAUUCAGCUGGAAAGCUGAACCACAGAUGCGACGAUAUCUAGUCCUUUCCAGGCAUUUGCUGUGUUCGCUUUGGUUUAGUGUCGUUUGAAAUGGCAGAGCAAGUGAACGUUGGAUCCGUUCCGCAGCUGGACCAGGAGUUUCAAAGUUUGCUCGAUUCCAUCGACAAGCUAGCUUUAACGAAAGCUGAAUUGUACAAAGUGCUUGCCCCAUUGAGAUGGCAAAUGUUUAGAAACUGUUGGGUCAAAAGAAUUAAGAUAUUCGUUUUGAUUGCUACUGCAUUGAUUGCGAUUUAUUACAUUCCUGUGCUGAACUGGAAUGCUUCAGCACUUGGAAAACUAGCUAUGGUUCAGGUCCUACCAUACUUGGAUUGGCGGCCACUUUAUAGAGAUCGGUGCUUGGUAAAGAGUUUACCCUGGAAGUGGAACAGUCAGGGUAAUCGAUUUUACCACCAAAAUGAAUUACUAGCUGAGGAUUGCCAUGUAUGCGAGACAAUAAAUUCAAUACCAUCCAUAAAACAACUGUCUUUCGAGUAUUUGAAUGAUAACCAUCUGCUACGAAAUGUGCCAAUAAUUGUCUUAGACUCCCACCUCAAGUGGGCUGAAGGGUCGUGGACAAAUGUUACACAAUUUAUAAAAGCUAUUGAGCCACUGUUGCUCUCGAGACCAUGUAAUGUGCAUACCAAUCUGUUGUUUAAAGGUUACGACGUUAGAGAAAGUGACAGUGCACUUGUCACGAUGGCCGACAUACUUCUUCGUACGAAAUCGAACGAUUCCUGGUUUGUGCAUUUUAGGAAUUGUCGUUUGGCAACUAUCAAGCGAACGAGGCUUUUGAUUGAAAGACCAUAUUUUUAUGCGCCUCAUCUGGAGAUGCCGUACAGUACGUGGUUUUUGUUGUCCAGUAAUUACUCGACUAGGAGUUGGAAAUCGCUCAAACUGGAGGGAUUCGUCAUCGUUAUGCAGUUGAAGGAAUCGUUGAAAGUUGUCCUGAUACCACGCGGAGAGUGCUACGAUAUUUGUAAUAAGUUUGAAUUUGAAUUGCACGAAGGACAAUCGUUGGUAUUUUUGACGGACUUAUGGCUUUUUAAAUACUUACCUUCCGGUACUAAUACGACGGCUAUUACUUUCGUGUCUGAAACAUUCUGGAAAUAAAGAUUUCGGUUGAGAU